UGACCUGGGCCCCUAGGGGGGGACCCAGACCCCUGGAGCGGUGGUUGGGAACGUCCUGGGGUGGGGGUGUCCUGGAUGCCUGGGUUUUUGAGGGAGGGGAUGGGGUCCUGGAUGCCCAGUCCCCCCCACCCACUGCGACUCCCCCAUGCAGCCGGGACUCUCCUGCUCUGCCUGGUGCUGGCCCAAGCAGCUGCGGAUCCCACCGCUAACGCCAUUGCCCAGGCCUACAGCCUGGCCCGGCUGCUGCAGGCCGAUGCCACCGACUUGCUCCAGGCUUAUCUGAGCGCCCAGGGCCCCCCCUUCAGUACCCCCGGCUUUGCAGUGCCGGCGCUGGGCUGGGCUGGAGUCCCUGGCGCUGCCCUGCCCUUUCCUUCCUGGCGGGGCCUGGGGGACGGGGAGCGUCUCCGUGGCAACCAGGUGGCUUACACGGCCUACGAAGCCUUCUUGGCAGUAGUGGCGGACGACCAGGCCCAGCUGCACCCGGGGAGGCCCCAGCUCCUGGCUCGCCUGGCCCAGGCCCGGGUGCGGGUGCGGGGCCUGAGAGCUAGCCUUGACACUGUCAUGGCUGCUCUGGGCGUGGUGCCAGGCACCGGGCCCCCACCGGUUGCUGUGGUGACCGCCAACCAGGCCUCAGCCUUUGAGAGGAAGUGCCGGGGCUACGUGGUCUGCCGCGAGUACCAGGCCUGGCUGGGCCGCACCGUCCGGGACCUCACCCUGCUCAGGGCCAAGUACCUGGCCUAGGACGCCUCCAUGCCACUUCCUGUGGGCUGGCAAGAUGGCCGCCCCACUUCCGGUUGGCGUAGGUGACAGCCAAGCCACUUCCUGUUGGCGUGGACAAUGGCUGGAGGCACUUGCUAUGGGCCUGGAUGAUGCCUGACUCUACUUCCUGUUGGCCUAGGCAAGAGCCAAGACACUACCUGUUGGCCUGGACUUCCUGGUGGCUUACAGCGGCCAUCCUACUUCCUGUUGACUGCUCCAAUGGCCACGCCACUUCCUGUUGGUCCCUGCUAUCACCAAGGUACUUCCUGCUGGCUGGGCAGACUUGCACCUCACUUCCUGUUGACCCUGCCAGUGGCCAGCACUCUUCCAGUUGCCCUUUGGCUGUGCCCCAAGCUCCCUGCGGGCAGGGUUGGGCACUUCCUGUCCCAAAGGCCUCUCUGCCCAUUUCACAGAUGGGGAAACUCAGGCAGGACCACAACUGAGCUGUCUGGCCUGGCUGGACAAGGUGAAUCCUCUCUCUCUUGCGACGGUGACCACGCAAAUGACCUUAGUUAACGUGCAAAUCUCCUGUGGCAGUGACAGGGCAGCAGAGAGGGAGGAACGAACUGUGCCCAGUUGAUAGCAGCCAUUUAAAGAGCAGCUGGAUGUCAACAGCGUCUGGGCGUCUCCACACAGCCAGCUCUUGGGUGGGGUGGCUGGAGACUGUCUGCAUAUAACACUGGAGAGAGGGACUGUAAUGUGGCCAGCUCUGGGGUGGAACAACUGAGGUACGGCAGCAUGUAAUGCUGCAUAAGGAGACAGGGAUGCAGCCAGCUGUGGGGUGGAACAGCUACAUAACAGGGGCGUAUAACACUCUAUAGGGAAGCCUGGGAUGCAGUCAGCUCUGGGGAGGGACAACUGAGGUAUGACUGCAUAUAACACUGUAUAGAGAGGGCUGGGAUGCAGCCAGCUCUGGGGUGGACUUGAGGUAUGGCUGCAUAUAACACUGCAUAGGGAGGAUUGGGAUGCAGCCAGCUCUGGGGUGGAAUUGACUUAUGCCUGCAUGUAACACUGUACAGGGAGACAGAGAUGCAGCCACCUCCAGGGUGGAACUGAGCUACAGCUGCAUAUAACACUGUGUAAGGAGGGCCAAGAUGCAUGUAGCUCUGUGGUGGGGUGACUAGAGAACAGCUACAUAUAACACUCCAUAGGCAGGCUGGGAUGCAGCCAGCUCUGGGGUGGAGCAGCAUGGGGGGUGGAGACUAGCCACUUGGGUUCUCCUCACAACCAGAGAAAUUGACCAAUCAAAGCCCCCCUGGGGCUGUCUUCGAGACCCAGCAGUGUUCAGACCACGAAUCAGCACGAGUCAUUGUCACCCUCCUUUAAAUAAUUCAUAUAUGCAGGUGUCCACCACCCCUGUGUCCGGUCACCCCCACUCAUCCGUCCACCUACUACCCACCAUCCCUCCCACUUACCUACCCAGCACCUCUGGGGUGGGACCACUAGAUGGCAGGUGCAUAUAACACUGCAGGGGGGAGCUGAGAUGCAGCCAGCUCAGGGGUGGAAGGAGGAAUGGCUGCACAUAACACCGCCUACAGACACCCCAGAUGCAGCCAGCUCUGGGGUGGGGAGACUAGGUAAGAGACGCAUAUAAGACUCCACAUAGGGCUGAGAUGCAGCCAGCUCUGGGGUGGAGUGGCUGGGGAACAGCGGCACGGGGAGGGCCGGACGCCUGGAAACCAACCAAUUAAAGCCCCUUGGGGCCGUUUUCAAGAUCCCACCAUGUUCAGACCGCGAAUCGUCACGUGUGAUCAUUGCCCUCAUUUACAUAAUUAACAUAUCCAGGUGUCCACCAGCCACGUGCCCAGUCACCCCCUCCUCACCUGUCUGCCACUACCCACCACCCCCUUCUCCGCCCGCCCAACUCCUCAGCCAGCCACUCAUCCGCCAGUCCACUUACCUGCCACCCCUCCGGCCUCCCACUCACCUACCACCAUCUCCUCCUGCGUCCCCU